UCAGUAGGAACUUAAAAAAAACAGUGCAAAGUGAUACAAAUUCGUAGCCACUUAAAAAACAUUAGGAACUAAAUAUAUAUGAAAUAAAUUACAAUUGGUAAGAAAGAAAUCAGUAGGAACUAAAAAACCUUCAGGACGGCGCCGACCAGGAAAUAGAUGACAACAACAUCCGGUUCGCUCUUCAUCAAAAUGCUGCUUCUCAAUCGACCACCUCGUCUAUUAUUUUGUGUCUUUUCGCGACUGAGAAAUGCGAGCUACCCCGCAGCUUCAAGAAGCGCGUCCGCUUCAUCUGACCUACAAACACAAAAACACGAACACAAACAUGACCAGAUGCUCGUCAAGAUGGAAAAUCCGUACAAGGAGCCACAGAAAGGUUGCGUCCUCUGCAAUGUCACCGUCGACUUCAAGAACAUUCAGGAAGGAUCUACGGCCGCCACAUCACAGGCUUGUGUGGACGCAAACAAAAAGACAUUUCCAAAGCCAUCAAGAAGGCGCACGCUAUGGGUAAGUUCACCGAUUAGUUUUCCCACACUAACAAUGUAAUCAUUUAACAGAAAAGCAAACAUUUGUCUAUUUAACACUCCCCCUAAAAAGUUUUCUCAUUGCCAAAUCAGUGGUGCCUCGAGAUACAAGUCACCUGACUUACUAGUUUUUGGAGAUAAGAGCUAUUGUUCAGACACUUUUUUCAAACUUUUCAGAGAAUUACAAGUUUUGGAUUUAAAACCAUCACAACUUAACCUUAAAGUCAACAAUCGUAAUGCUAAUACAUAAUGAAAACCACCAUUGCUAACAAAUAGCAUCUGUGUCGUGGCGUUAUAGCGAGUAUUUGAACACUAAAGUGGCGCAACACAUAUAGACAGACUAUGUAUUUUUAUGUAUGUUGUUUUAAAUCAUUCAUGGUAAUUAUAGUGAGCUUCAAUUUUUAAGAGAUUUUCGCUAUUUGUGGUCAGGCCCGGUUUGUACCCCGCAAAUAGCGAGGGUCCACGCUACUCACAGGCAAAUAUUUUUUAUCCUCUGCAAAGAACGACUAAUUUUACUACGGCUUACUGAGGAGCUGUGACCGUCUCCAUGUGCUGUGUAUCUGUGUAUCACAAUGUCAAUUGAAUUGAAGCAAAGAAUGGGUCAACAAAUAAUUACUUUAAAUUCAAUUUUUUAAUACUGUUACUGCAUGUUUUUAUGACGUAUAAUAUUUGAGACUUUUUCUUAAUAUUUUUUUUUUGUUUAUAUGGGGAGGCUGGACGAGAUAAUUGGUAUUUGCAUUCAUUUGAAUGGGGAAAGAUGAUUUGCAAUACAAGAAGGAAUUCAACUCUUAUCUCAAGGCACCGCUGACAUUGGCAACGAGGCACUGAAGUUCCCGAACUUAAGUCAACUUAGUUGCUUGGCACCAAGAUCCCACCAGAUAUUGCCCAAAUAAUUUGCUUUAAAUGUGUGUGUAGGUUUCAUGUCGGUGACACACAAACAUCCCGAGUUGAUGCGGGACCCGAACAUCUGUGGCAUCAAAAAUGUGGAAUAGCCCCGCCUCCUCCUUCCCAUCAUUGGCCAAUAAAUGUAAAAGUCCAAA